UUCUGUUUUGUGUCAAUUGAUAUUUUGUGUUCUAUGGUUCUCUUCUCCUUCAAUUUUUGAAGUCCGGUAAUUUUCUCUUUUCAUUUGGACUUUUGAGAAGAAAUAACCUCUUCUCGGUCCAUUGAAGCGGCCACCAAGUUGAUUCAACAAAUCAACUACUUUCAAGAACAUCUAUUGAAACUAUCGAACAUCAUAUGGCGUCUUUAUCUGGGGGCGUCCAGUUGCUGCGCAUCUCUUCCUCCUUGUCUCGAAACGUCCCUGUACUGAUCUCUUCUUCCAUUUCCAGGACCUACGGCGACGGUGGAUUCAAAGGCCGCGAAAACGGUUAUGGUGGCGGCGGUGGCCGUAGCUAUGGCUCCAGUGGUGGGGGCGGUUUUAGGGGCGGUUCUGGUGGUGGGGGCGGUUUCCGUAACUCCAACUCAGGGGGUGGCCAUAGGAACGGGGGUGGCGGCGGCGGAGGUUUCGGAGGUGGGGACAGAUUCGGCAACUUGAACAACCAGGGGUUGAGACAAGUAGAAUGGGGCCGCAAAUCCCUGCAACCCUUCAAAAAGGACUUUUACGUCCCUCACCCUAUCAUUGCUAACAGGUCUGCUUCUGAGGUGAACCAGUUUCGUGACAAGCAAGAAAUCACCGUGGAAGGUGAUGUUCCUAACCCCAUUCAGAACUUCAACGAAGCUAACUUUCCUGACUACGUUUUGAGUGGAAUUAAGAGUCAAGGUUAUGAACAACCUACUGCUAUUCAAGCACAGGGUUGGCCUAUUGCCAUGAGCGGCAGUGACAUGGUUGGAAUUGCACAAACUGGUUCGGGGAAAACCUUGGCUUACAUCUUGCCUGCUAUCGUCCAUAUCAACAACCAGCCCCAGAUCAGCCGUGGAGAGGGCCCCAUUGCCUUGGUCCUAGCCCCCACUAGAGAGCUCGCCCAACAAAUCCAACAGGUUGCCAAUGAUUUUGGCAGCACCACCUAUGUCAGGAACACUUGCGUUUUCGGUGGAGCUCCGAAGGGGCCUCAGGCUCGUGAUUUGGAACGUGGUGUUGAGAUCGUUAUCGCCACACCUGGCAGGCUUAUCGAUUUUCUUUCUAAAGGCACCACAAACCUGGAACGUUGCACCUAUCUGGUUUUGGACGAGGCUGAUAGGAUGCUGGACAUGGGAUUCGAGCCCCAGAUUCGCAAGAUUUUGGGCCAAGUCAGGCCGGACAAACAGACGCUCAUGUGGUCUGCUACUUGGCCCAAGGAGGUGAAGAAGCUGGCUGCAGACUUCAUGAAUAACCCCAUUCACAUCAAUGUUGGGUCUCCGAAUCUCUCAGCCAAUCACAAUAUCAUGCAGAUUGUUGACGUGUGCCAAGAGCAUGAAAAGGAACAAAAAUUAGGAAAUCUCUUGCAAGAGAUUGGUAACAAUGGCGAGCCAGGCGCGAAAAUAAUCAUCUUUGUAGAAACGAAAAAGAAGGUCGAAAAUAUCACAAGAGGUAUUAGACGUUAUGGUUGGCCUGCAGUAGCGAUGCAUGGUGAUAAGAGCCAACAGGAAAGAGAUUAUGUGCUUAGGGAGUUCAGAUCUGGUAAAGCCACCAUUUUGGUUGCCACCGAUGUGGCUGCUAGAGGAUUGGACGUGGACGGAAUCAAAUACGUUGUAAACUAUGAUUAUCCGAAUUCUUCUGAGGACUACAUCCACAGGAUAGGUAGAACUGGAAGAUCUAACACUACUGGCACCUCUUACGCCUUCUUCACAUCCAAAGAUUUCAAACAAGCCAAAGAUUUGGUGUCUGUCCUAACAGAAGCCAACCAGGUUGUGAAUCCGAAACUUGCCGAAAUAGCCAGCAGAGCAGGCAACUAUGGCGGCAGCCGGGGCGGCAGAUGGGGUUAUGGAAGUGGCGGAGGCGGUGGGGGCGGCCCUAAAUCGCACACGAGGUUCGGUAACGGCGGCGGCGGCGGUGGAUUUAAGCAAAGCAGAUUCCAAAAAUAUUAAGUGAUGGCAGCCACAGACGAAGAAUUGACCUGCAUUUCAGUAUUCACUUACUUGGAAGCAUUCCUUGUAUUGGUCAGCAAAAUAGCCUAAUUUUUUUAAACAAAUGAUAACAAACCUAAUUUAGAUUUUGCAAUAGAUAUUUAUUUAUUUAUUUCGUUUGAAAAACGAGAAGAUCAAGAUUUUGUCUCAAAAAGUGUUAUUGCUUUCUGAAAUCCUAUAUCUUUUCUCCAAUUGCUAUUCUGGGGUCACUCAAAAAAAUGACAAUCCAUCCAGCUAAUGAAUACGAUAAAAUAGAGUUGAAAAUGCUAGGAUAUACAAAUUUUCUUCACCAUAUUCAUAUAUUUUCUAUUGGGAUUUGCCACUGAGGAACGGAAAUUGUUUCUGCAAAUAAAAUGUAAUCAGAAACAGAAACACCAUGUUCCCAAUAUCGAAUUUUUGAAAAUCAAUAAUAAGUCUUCAGAGGAAGAAGAAAAUCCGAUGAAUUCAUCGAAAAUAUUGAAAAUGCGAAGUUGAGAAUACUCAAUAAAAAAAAAACAGUUUGGGCAAGAUUUUGCCAUGAAUUCAUUGUUGAACUGGUGAAAUACUGAAAUAUCCUAGUCGUUAAAUGAAUUUGUUAUCAAUCAGCAAUGGAGGUGGUGAAAAUGUAUAUAGGAUAUAGACAGCCAUAAAAUUGUUUACAAUCUUGACCUGAUCUUCUCGUCUUUCAAGAAAGGUCCAUCACCAUUGACAUUUUUUUCUGUUUUGUCUUAAAUCAUACUAGAUCUUUUUUAAUAUUAUGUGUACAGCUGUGAUAGGAUAGGAAAUUUGUUUUGAUGGAACAUUUUUGUCCCGAUUCAACCACUUGCUGUGAAUUUGAAUAUGUCAAAUAAAAAAUAAGUUUCAGAU